AUGUAUACAAGUGAAGAGGCAGCAGCUGUGGAGCAGCGCAAUUAUCACAAUAUAAAAGAAGUAGUGCGCGUAAAUUAUACAAUCGGAUAUAAUUUGAGGAGAGCUACACGUUGGGAUUGGGCAUUGAGGCUCUGGAGCGUGCUGCUUAUACUGGGCAGCUUUGCAUCGUUCUACGGGCAUUGGAAUCUGUUUGUGCGCUAUGUGGCCACAGAUCUGUCACGCAUAUCAGAGUCCGUUAGCACCGUUUUCCAAACGCUCAUGUCUGUAGUGAAAAUGGUUUACUUUCUGCUGGCGCCACGCAAAUUUUACGAGCUCGUGCGUCGCUGCUGCUGCCAUCAGCUGCUGCAGGACUGCGAGUUGUUUGAGUGCGUCAAGCAGCUGCCGCUGGCGUCGCAGCUGCGGCAGCAUAUCGAGCAGCUAAUGCAAGCCUGCUGGACCAGCACGCGCCGCCAAUUGUUGUACUACUUGACUUGUUGCUGUGGCAUAUUAUUAAAUUAUUAUAUAACUGCGCUGGCUGUGAAUAUUUAUCAGCACUAUCAGCUAAACGGCGCUGACUACGAAGUUAUGUUGCCGCUGCCUGCGCUUUAUCCUGGCUGCAUGGACAAGGGCAUGACAUUUCCCUACUAUCACAUUCCCAUGUUGUUGGAAACUUUCGCUCUCUACAUAUGCGGCAUGGGUGCCUUUGGCUUUGAUGUUAUCUUCAUAGUGCUCUGUCUGCAUUGCGUUGGCCUCAUGCAGUCGCUUUGCCACAUGAUUGAGUGCGCCACGGCCAGUGAGUUGCCACGCGAGCUGCGCGUUCAAUAUUUGCGCUGCUGCAUCUAUCAAUAUCAGCGUGUGGCAGCCUUCGCUUUGGAGCUCAAUGCGUGCUUUAGGCAAAUUAUUCUCAUUCAAUUUCUGUUGAGUCUGCUCGUCUGGGGCUUGGUGCUCUUUCAAAUGAGCGUUGGCAUUGCUUCCAGCUUUCUGACCACAUUGCGCAUGUUUAUGUAUCUCGCCGCUGGUGGCUAUCAAAUUGUCAUCUAUUGUUACAAUGGUCAGCUCUUUGCCAGCGCGGCCGAGCAAAUACCAAAAGCUUUCUAUGAAUGUAACUGGCAUGAGGAAUCGCAGGAAUUUCGACAGCUCGUCAGAAUGAUGAUAAUGCGCUCGAAUCGCAGCUUUAAGCUAGAUGUAUCUUGGUUCUCCACUAUGACGCUGCCUACGCUGAUGUCGAUGGUGCGCACUAGCGGACAAUAUUAUUUGUUGUUACAAAAUAUUAUGGAAAAAUAA